AUGACCAUAAACUCCGCUCAAGACGGCCAAGCCAGGGCGUCAAAUGGAGGUUUCGCAGAUUCCUCCACCAGCACCAUGAACCACAUCGAUCCUACAGAUGAGAAAGGAGCUGGGUCUACGGAACCUGUUACAGCACUGGUCAAGGACGAGGCGAAUAGCGAGCUUCAACCCGCUACACUAAAAGCGUCGGUAAACAAUGUGGCAUCCGUGCCUGACGGAGGCAUGUGGGCUUGGUUGCAGGUUCUCGGUGCACACGUUUUAUUCUUCAACUCCUGGGGCAUCAUCAACACUUUCGGCACUUACGAAACCUACUACGAAAUAGAACUUCUUCCAAACUCAACACCUUCUGCUAUAGCAUGGAUAGGCUCUACCCAGGCGUUCCUACUGUUAUUUGUUGGCGCGCUUACUGGCCCAGUGUAUGAUGCCGGAUUCUCUCGCGAACUAAUCCUCGGCGGCUCCUUUUUACUCAUACUAGGCCAAAUGAUGUUGAGUCUCUGCAAAGAGUACUGGCAAGUACUGCUUUCUCAAGGAUUCUGUAUUGGCAUCGGAUGUGGAUUUCUAUGUGUUCCCAGCACCGCCAUCCUAUCACAGUAUUUCACCACAAAGCUAGCGACGGCAGUGGGAAUUACAGCUGCCGGUAGUAGCUUUGGUGGGGUUAUCUACCCAAUUGUCUUCCACAAGCUUCAACCCACGAUUGGCUUCUCUUGGGCUACUCGCGUCAUUGGUUUUCUGAUGCUAGGCACUCAAUGUAUUUCCAUUGCCAUUAUGAGAGUAAGAGUGCUGCCGGAAAAGAAACGCGAUAUUUUGGAUUUUGCAGCUUUCAAAGAGCCGCCGUACCUUUUCUUCGUUCUUAGUGUUUUCAUCGGGUUCAUGGGACUUUACCAGCCGUUCUUCUACGUUCAGACCUUUGCUAUCAAACAAGGGAUCACAGAUUCGAAUCUCGGCUUCUAUAUCCUCGCGAUCAUGAACUGCACUAGUGCAUUUGGCCGAAUAGUUCCUGGGAUAUUGUCUGAUAAAAUUGGGCCUAUGAAUGCUAUGAUCCCUUGUGCUUUCAUAUCCGCUCUUCUUUGUUUCUGCGUCAUCCCCGUCCAUGAUGCUGCCGGUUUGAUCACCUUGAUGGGAUUCUAUGGCUUUUUCUCGGGCACAUUCAUCUCUUCGCCGACUGCUGUCGUUGUCCAGCUCUCAGCUCACAACAGAGGCAAAAUUGGAACCAGAUUGGGCCAGGCUUUUGGCGUGAUCGCGUUCGGGUUGUUGAUUGGCACGCCUGUCGGCGGAGUGGUUCUGCACAAGUAUGGCUUUCCCCGUCUCUGGAUCUUUGCUGGUGCUUUUGUUGCCGCUUCAGGCAUAACUUUGAUCACGAGCAGAAAGUAUUACAAGGGACUCAGGUUGAUGAUAAAAGCAUGA